AUGUUUGCGAUACAGUCCACAACAGACAGCUGCAUUGCAAAUCUAGGCGAUGUGCCGAAAAAUAUAGAUGUUCCUGACGUCGAGGGUAGUGAUUCCACUACUGGAACUUUCACGUCCGUGGUGUCGUCACAGAAAUCUCAUUAUGCCCCUAAACAUGGUAUGGACAGUGUUGAAUCUUCUAGGAGCACGGACAGUCUCGAUGACCUGGUUUGUGUUGUAGGGCUAGCUUGCCAUCUUCCUGGGGAUGUACGAUCUCUGUUCAGUCUAUGGGAGCUCCUAGUGAACAAGCGGAGUGUCCAAGGGCCAGUCCCACCUGAGCGGUUCAACAUAAAGGGAUUUCACGGGCCGGAUGAUAGCCGUGCCGGUAUAAUGAGCGCGGAUGGCGGAUAUUUCCUUAAGGAAGAUGUCCGUCUAUUUGAGAACAGCUUUUUCGGUAUCAACAACCUGGAAGCUCUUUAUAUGGACCCUCUUCAACGAAAGCUCCUCGAGGCCGUCUUUGAAUGUUUCGAGAAUGCUGGAGUCUCCCUGGAACAGAUGGCUGGCUCCAAUACCGGUGUAUAUACUGGCGACUUCACCUGUGAUUACCAGACCAUGCACUAUAGGGACCCAGAUUACCUACAUCGUUAUAGCGCCACUGGCUCCGGCAAGGCUAUCUUGGCCAAUCGUAUCAGCAAUAUUUUCAACCUUCAGGGGCCCAGCUUAACAAUGAACACUGCGUGCUCAUCCGCCUUGUACUGUCUCCAUACUGCUGUCUCAGCAAUCAAAGCUGGGGAUUGCGACGGCGCUAUCGUCGCAGCAGCUAAUUUGAUAAUGUCCCCCGAACAACAUAUCGAGAUAAUGAAAGGUGGUGUACUCUCACCUACGUCUACCUGCCAUACAUUUGAUAUCUCGGCCGAUGGCUAUGGGCGAGGCGAAGGAGUCGAGGCUGUCUAUAUCAAACGCCUUUCGUCGGCCCUCAAGGACAAUGACAAGAUUUGGGGUGUCAUUCGCGCCACUUCACUAAACGCGUGUGGCAAAACCCCUGGUAUAUCGCAGCCAAGCGCAGCUCUCCAGGAGGCGGUUAUCAGGAAAGCGUAUGCUAAUGCCGCUCUGGAUUUCUGCGAUACUGAUUAUGUCGAAUGUCAUGGCACUGGUACCGCGGUAGGAGACGUGAUUGAAGUGGAGGCGCUUAAACAGUGCUUUUCCCCGCGAGAAAGUCCAUUGAUGAUCGGGUCGGUGAAAACGAACCUUGGCCAUAGUGAGAGCACAAGUGGUUUGACGUCGCUACUUAAAGUCCUACUCGCCUUUGAAAAUGGUAGGAUUCCGCCGACUUUUGGUGUGUCCAAGCUAAACCCGAAAUUGCCUCUUGAAUCAAGCAACUUUAAAGUUGUUACAGAAGCGGAACAGUGGCCAAGAUCUCUUCGUCGGGCCAGUAUCAAUUCUUUUGGAUAUGGAGGCGCAAACGCCCACGUCAUCGUCGAAGCACUGGACAGUUACUUGGGGAGCGAAACCGUUCGCCCCUUGCCCAUUCCAAAAUGCAAUGACCAGCUGCUCGUGCUGCCCGUUUCCGCCGUGUCCAGCCGCUCGCUACAAACUCGCAUAGACCAGGUUGUUGCAUUAGUAGGAUGCUCCAACGCGACAUAUCUCAUGAAUUUGACAUUUACUCUGACUGAUAGAAGAUCUCACUUGAGAUCUAAAGCCAGUCUUCUGGUCAGAGCUAGUGACGAUGGAGGCUCGGAAGUAAUCGAGACUCAACUAUCUGAACCACCCAAACUGAAUCCAUCAGGAUCGUUGCCUUUCGCGUUCGUAUUCACAGGCCAAGGAGCUCAAUAUGCGUGUAUGGCGAAAGAAUUGCUUUUACACAACACUAUUUUCAGCGCAACUAUCCAGGAGCUCGAUAAUGUCUUGCAAGUCUUGCCAUCAGAGCACCGACCGGCUUGGACAUUGAGACAAGCGAUCCUGGAUCCACCAGGAAUCGGACUGGUAAAAGUCUUGAAGAGUUGGGGCGUCUGUGCCUCAGCUGUGGUCGGUCAUUCUUCAGGUGAAAUUGCCGCCGCCUACGCAGCUGGCCUCCUUGGCCAAUCUGAAGCUAUCAUCGUAGCCUAUAUGCGUGGCUAUUCAGUUGCACAGCUAAAGGCUCACGGCUCUAUGGCUGCUGCCGGAAUUGAUGUCCAAUCCGCAGAGCAGAUCAUUGAUAAGCGCGGCUUGAAAGGCGACGUAUGCGUUGCCUGUGUUAACUCUCCCACGAGUGUGACGCUGAGCGGCUCGCUAAGAGGCAUCGAGGUCAUCUUAUCAGAACUCCAAAACCAGAAGAAGUUCUGCCGUAAACUGGAAACAGGAGGCCGUGCUUAUCACUCACACAUGAUGAGAGAGAUCGGUUCUUACUAUGAGACACUGAUUACGCCAUAUGUCAAUGGUAAAUGGGACAAGCUCGCAAACUCGGAUACUCAGAUGUAUUCGUCCGUGGGAUAUAGCGGUGACAACCCAUCAAUACUCAAUCUCGGUACUAACAAUGCUCGCUACUGGCGCGAUAAUCUCGAGACUCCGGUCCAAUUUAACUCGGCGUUACUGAAACUGGCUGCGAGUGGGGAUUUCUAUUUCAUUGAAAUUGGACCUCAUCAUGCAUUGAAAGGUCCGGUUCAACAAACCCUAGCAACCAUGUCUGGGCCAAACAAGAGGUCUUUACCCUAUAGUCCUUCAUUGAUUAGAAAUGAAGAUUCGAACAUAGCGUUGAAGAGGCUUGCAGGAUCUCUUUUUUCUCACGGCUAUGAAUUGAACUGGGGGAACAUCAACAACCUCCCUCGCAGUAUCGCUCUACGGCCGCUUCCUGACCUCCCUCCCUAUCCCUGGGAUUAUUCCGCGGGUCUCUUAUGGCAUGAGCCGCGGGCUAGUACCGAGCUUCGCAACCGCAAAUAUGUACGGCACGAGUUGCUUGGGUCCCAGCAGCUUGCCGGCAAUGGCAUUGAUUGGAGCUGGCGUAACGUACUCCGCCUUAACGAGGUCCCCUGGCUGCGUGAUCAUAAAGUCGAAUCUCAGGUAAUAUUUCCCGCUUCAGGAUAUCUCGCCAUGGCCAUCGAAGCUAUUUCUCAGAUCCUCGGCUUAAAAGACAGGUCCCCUCACGAUAAACCGGUAUCAUUCGAAAUUCGCAAUGUCAAUAUUCGCACCGCCUUCGUUGUGCAAAGCGAAGAUGGGUUGGAUGCGGACGCCAACCAAGUCGAGCUGCACACGACGAUGUCGCCGCGCAAGAUAUCAAUGACAACAACAUCAGCCAAUUGGUACGACUUUUCUAUCUCUUCCUGGACCUCAGAGCACACGACUGUACAUUGUGCUGGCAAUAUUCGAGCGAAUGGGAGCGUAGAACCGAAGAGCACCGUACCAAUUUCUAAUUCGAUUGACCACAAUAUACCCAUGAAGCGAUGGUACAAGAGGUUCGAGGAAGAGGGACUCCGUUAUGGUCCUCAAUUUCGCUCACUUGUGAAACUAUGUACAGAUGGCACUAAGAAUCGACCCGAUGCUGUGUCUACUGUGCGAUUGGUACCCCCAGCCGCCCAUACUUCAUACACAGAGUAUGGUAUGCAUCCGAUUACCAUUGACGCAUGCUUCCAAACUGCAAUAUUUGGCAUUACAGGCGGGAAGCCGAGCUCUCUUCGAGCUUAUCUUCCUGUUUCCAUCUCUGAAUGUUGGAUUCAAGCAGUGCAGGUCAAGACCCCUCAAAGUGAAGCACAUAUCUAUACACGGGCGGCCAGGACUAGUAUUGCAACCCAAAAGGCAGACUGUACACUUCGGGUUGCUGGCGACUCACUUAUAAAUCUAAGAGGGGUGCGUCUAUCGUUGUACACUGGAAAAAUGGAUAGCAGUCAUAGUAGCGAGACAGCCACUCAGCGAAACCCCUGUCUGCGAGUGCACUGGAAACCGGAUAUCUUGCGCCUACAUCCAGGCGUCGAGGACUGGUUCAAGGAAUAUGUGAAAGGUCGUAUGAAGCGGAUUCAAACAGACAUGGCAGAUGAUAAGACGUUGGCCAUCGGGGUAUUGCUCGAACUCGCCGGACACAAGAGUCCAGGCAUGCGAGUGCUAGAGCUCGGAAGAUGCUGCGAUGCUAAGGCCAAAAUAUGGUUGGACUUGCUGAAUAGCGACAAAGCAUUCCCUCGAUGCGGGACAUGGCAGGCCGGUACCCCCCUUAAAGAUGGCGAGCUCGUGAUUGAGGAUGGGGACGAAGGCCCAUUCGACGUCGUUCUUGUUCCCGACUACGCCGCCUCAGAACGUUGCUUCGGCAGGGAUAGCAAAAAGAAUGCCCUUUCUAUGGUUGCAGACCAUGGGAUCAUCAUUUCCCACAAAACGGACAAGGCACUUGGGACCUUGAGCGCUGCUAAUUUUGCCACGCUACAUGUGGGAGAUGAGAUCGUUUUGGCUACACGUACAGCCAAGAUACCCUCGCUGAAAGGGGUUAGAGACGUCGUUAUUAUAUUCCAGGAGCUUACUCCUCACGUCGAGGAGCUGAUAUCAAGUAUCAAAUCGACACUCAAGAUGGCCACCGGCGUAGCCCAAGUGAGCCACGUUUCACUUUCCGAGGUCCAUACCGUGAAAAUUCAUGAGAAGACCAUAUGUAUCUCUCUACUGGAGUUUGAAACCGAGUUCCUGGCUACGAUGAAUCAAGACAAAAUGGAUCUCCUGCGCAGCGUAACAAAUGUCGUUACAGAUCUGCUUUGGGUAACCGGCGGCGAUAUGUUGAGCUUGACGGGCCAAGCAGAUCCAAAUCUUGUUCUUGCCCAGGGGCUAUCUCGCGCACUCAUGUUGGAGCAGCCGUCCCUUCGCUUCUCGGUGGUGGAUAUUGGACACGCACGCCACUCUAAGCAGGAUAUGCAGCCAGUCUGCGAGAACCUGUUGCGAACGCUGGUGCCCCUUUACGACAUGGAUGAUAAAGAGUUCAUUUAUACGGAGGGACUUCUUUAUAUCAGCCGUUUCGGCCCCGACACGGCGCUGAAUUCGCAAUUCCGGCGCCGGCUAGGCAUGGAAGAACGACUGCAUCAAGAAACCCUAGGGAGCGCGGGUUUAGCACGAUUCUCAGUUGGCAUGGCCGGCCGUCCUGAUACCAUAUACUUUCAGAAGUUGUGCGAGCACCGCACCGAGUUGUCGAGUGGGCUUGUAGAUGUCGCCGUCAAAGCUGUCGGUCUCAACGCUAAGGACAUUUAUACCCUAGGUGGUCACUUGGAGACACGUAUGGGGACAGAAGCCUGCGAGUUUACUGGUGUAGUGAGAGAGGUGGCCAAGGACGUCACACACGUACAGCCCGGGGACCGCGUUAUGGUUUUGUGGCCGAACCAUUUCGCGACGAUAGAGCGCGUGCCCUCUUGGGCAGUACACAAACUGCUACCGGACGAGGAGUUUACAACCAUGGCAGCGAUCCCAGUAGUCUAUAGCACGGCCCUUUACGCGCUUAACGACCGCGCGCAUUUAAGAAAGGGGGAGUCGAUCUUGGUUCAUGCGGGCUCUGGCGCACUGGGCGUCGCUUUAAUCGGUCUCGCACAGAGUGCUGGUGCCGUUGUUUUUGCGACUGUGGGGUCGCAAGCCAAAAGAGAUUUCCUUAUGGCUGAAUUCGGGCUUCCGGCUUCGCAUAUCUUCUCCUCUCGCGAUCCGUCGUUUGUGGCUGGAGUAAUGGAGAUGACGAAGGGGCGCGGAGUUGACAUACUGAUCAACUCUCUUAUCGGUGAUUUGAUGCAUGGCAGUUGGGAGUGCGUGGCUAACUUUGGGCGUUUCGUCGAGGUGGGAAAACGCGAGUUGCUCAAUGCUGGUAGGUUGGAUAUGCAAGGGUUCUUGCGGAACGCAACGUUUACAGCGUUCGAUCUGGAAGAUAUGAUCUUGUCAGAUGAUCCAUUCCUCCAGGAUAUAGUUUCCAGCAAGGUAAAGGAGGCUUUAAAGUGGUAUCGCUCACGACACAUCAAGUUACCUCCCGUGACUACCUUUGAUAUAGCGGAUAUCAGUCAAGCCUAUCGUUACUUUUCUACUAAAGACAGGGUGGGUAAAGUUGCGGUCUCUCUCGAGAACCCAGAAAGCAAGAUUCAGGUCUGUGAGCCUAAUUAUUCAACUCUACUCGAUCCCGAGAAGAGUUACCUUCUUGUGGGAUGUCUUGGCGGCCUAGGACGCAGUCUGAGCCGCUGGAUGUUCUCCCGCGGGGCUCGUAACUUCGUAUUCCUUGGAAGGUCAGGCUUUGACAAACUAGAUGCACAGAAGCUCGUGUCUGGCUUACGAAAUGCCGGCGCUAGCGUUGUCGUGGUUAAGGGGGACGUUACGAUUGCUUCUGACGUAACUGCUGCUGUAAAAGCCUGUACAGUUACAGGGAGACGUAUAGGUGGCGUUGUACAGGGUACUAUGGCCCUGAGAGAAGCUAUAUUCUCGCAGAUGACAAGUGAAGCUUGGCAUAUCGGCGUCGACUGUAAAUGGGCCGGAACGUGGAAUCUGCAUCACGCACUCGAGGACUAUGACGGAUCGUUGGAUUUCUUUCUAAUGACCUCAUCUAAUUCAGGAUCGGUUGGCGUGGCAACCGAAGCUAACUAUUGCGCAUCUAACACUUUUCUAGAUUCCUUUGCUCGAUGGCGCCGUAGUCAAGGCAAGACUGCAGUGUCAGUCGGCAUAGGAAUGAUCUCAGAAGUGGGCUAUCUGCACGAGAAUCCAGACAUACAAGCCAUUCUCAUACGUCGAGGAGUCCAAGGCAUGUCAGAGGACGAGUUCCUGCAACUUAUUGACUUCGCAAUAUCUGGGAAGCACAAUAACUCAGAUGUGCAAGGAAUAGAUGACCUUGCGGCAGCCCAUAUCCUCUCUGGAAUGGAAUCGACGGGAUUCCGCAAGCUACUAGCCCAGGGCUUCGAUGUCAGCAACUUGCCAAUGCAGGAUCCGCGCUCGCGCAUGUUGGCUGAAUCGCUCGCACUCGAACUAAGGGUACUAGCAGCACGAGGAGAAGUGGGAAAGAUGGGCAAGUUUGCAGACGGUACAUCGAAAGCUGCCUUAGAAUCCGAUGCUAAAGCUAUGAUAGCAAUGACAAGCGCAAGUUCUAGGAGAGAGGCAAUAUUGCAGCUUGUCCGGAAACAAUUCUCAAACAUGAUCCUGGUCCCAGCAGAGCAGAUCGAUGAUCAUAAGCCUAUGGCACAGUUCGGUGUCGAUAGCAUGCUUGCGGCUGAGUUCCGUACCUGGUUUUGGAUUACGUUUGAGGUCGACGUUUCCUUCCUAGACCUGCGGAGCGAGAGGAAAUCUCUCGACUCCAUAGCUAGUGUUGUGGAGGCGAAGUUUGCCGAAUCCGCAAACAGCAACGCCGGAUCUAAGUGA